AUGGCGACAGCACAACCGGUCGUAGUAUCGCUGGCCGAUCUCAAAAGUGGAAACAUUUCUUUCGAAACGCUACAAGAAGCAUUUGGCCCCGAGUCACUAGGAAUCCUUGUUGUUAAAGAUGUUCCUUCAGAGUUUCCGCAGCUGAGACAUCAACUUUUAUCGUACGCCUCAUACAUGGGCAACUUAUCAGAGGCAGAUUUUGACAAGUUCACGAAUGAGGCAGCGAAAUACUUAGUAGGAUGGUCUAAGGGUCGAGAGAAAUUCAAGGAUGGAGGAGCCGACGAAUACAAAGGCUCGUUCUACGCCAAUUGCGCAUUCUACGUAGACCCGGCGUUAGAAUCAGCUAAACCGACGCCACAAUUCCCCCUGAAAGAAUUUCCAGAGUACCUAGCACCAAAUUCAUGGCCCCCGAAUAAGAUGCUACCAGGUUUCAGACCAACAAUGGAACAAAUGUGCAGGCUCAUAAUCGAUACCGCGGUAUUAGUCGCAAGAGCUUGCGACAAGUUUGCCGAAAAGGAGAUCCAAGGAUAUCCAGCUGCCUAUUUAGAGAAAGUAGUCAAGUCGUCAUCCACGACCAAAGCUAGGCUCCUUCAUUAUUACCCAAUGCCAGAGGAGAUUAUGGCGAAAGGUCAAGAGGAGGAUAAUUGGUGCGCGGUGCACAAGGACCACGGUUGUUUAACUGGUCUGACAUCAGCCAUGUUCAUCGAUGAACUAAAGACAAAUGCGAAGGUGCCUGAUUUCGGCGAAGAUGUUCCAAAUUUGCUACCAACGUUGGAAGAACUUCCUGCAUCACCAGAUCCACAGGCCGGACUUUGGAUUAAAGAUAGGAAAGGGAUACCAGUUCAGGUCAAAAUACCGAGGGAUUGCAUCGCCUUCCAGACCGGAGAAGCACUCGAGCGGAUCACUCGUGGGAAGUUCAAGGCUGUGGAGCAUUCGGUCAGGGGAGCGUAUGCCAAAGGUAUCGCUCGUAAUACGUUGGCUGUAUUUACGCAGCCAAACCUGGAGGACGAAGUUGAUCUUGACCAACAUAUCAACUUCGGAGAGUUUGCCAGAGGGAUCAUAGCUAGGAAUACCGUCUGA